UUGAUGAAUGAUCAAUGUCCCAGAGAGAGACAGAGAGAGAAACACAUUGUGUAUUCAGGCAGGCUAGUUGGUUAGUCCGUCAGGAGUCACCAUGGGGAAGAAGACAGCGUUGACAAUAUUGCUACUAGGAGUUCUACACAUCACAUACCCUGCUACGGGGAGCAAUCCUGAGGUGCAAGUUUCAUCAAAGAACAUUAAAUUUCCCAAAUAUCGGGCAACCACCCCUGCCCCCACGACCAUCACCCCUGCCCCCACCACCAUCACCCCUGCCCCCACCACCAUCACCCCUGCCCCCACCACCAUCACCCCUGCCCCCACCACCAUCACCCGUACUGACCAGUACCUUGGACCAGAAGAAUGUCUGGAUCAGAAGUACACACGUCUGUCCUGCCAUCGGGUCUUCUGUCCCCCAUGGAUGCGCUGUAUGGAGGGAAGGUGUGUGUGUAAGCUGCCCUACCUGUGUCCGAAGGAUGGCAUGGCUCAGGUGUGUGGGCACGAUGGAAGGACCUAUCUGUCUUACUGCCAGGCUAUGGCUGUCUCCUGUCGGACUAAACAACCUAUCAUGUCACACUUUGGAGGAGAGGGCUGCUCUAAAGACAGUAUCAAGGCCCAGACCAGUAUAGAUGAAGAGACCGGUGUGGUCAGUAUUGUGUUACCCAUUCGAGGGAAGCUGCUAGUGUGUGGAGUCGGAGGAAGAGGAGGAUCCAACUGGAACAUGGCUGCGGCUAACGUAGCCUGUUAUGAGAAGAGUCCGUGGGGAGCGAAGGAGGCCAGCUCGGUGCUCUAUAAAACCAUAAAGUCCCCCGGUGCAAACCACUGUGUCAGCAUUCUCUGUCAAGGAUACGAGAACAGCCUCACCGAGUGUUCCUUCUCCGACAGAACUCCUCUCGGCCGCGACGACAAGGUCGCCACGGCAACAUGUUACCACAAGCCCGAAGAGCGGUCGGCGUGUGAGUUCAGGUGCGUCAACGACAAGUGUGUGUCGUUGGAACAGACGUGUGAUGGAGUGGACCACUGCGGAGACAGGAGUGAUGAGAUGUGCUGCACAGGUAUGUAA